AUGGGCGAUUUGUUUGAGCAUCUUCGUAGAACAAAACGAGUUCCGGAAAGAGAUUCUGUUCGAAUUAUCACAUGUCUUGGUCAAGCAUUGGAAUAUAUUCAUGGCUUGAAUAUUGUUCAUCGUGAUGUUAAAUUGGAAAAUUUAUUGGUUUGUUUCAUUCUUAACAAAAAUCCUUUUUAAAAAUAAGAAUUUUUUCUAGAUAAUGCGAGAUGCUUAUGGUGAAAUUGGUGUAAAACUAGCGGAUUUCGGACUCGCUACCGAAAUGCCUGAAGAAUUUGGAGUUCUCAAGACCAUUUGCGGAACACCAACUUAUGUUGCACCAGAAGUUUUGACGCAAGCUGGCUAUGGUUGUAAAGUGGAUAUUUGGGCGGCUGGUGUGAUUCUCUAUGCGAUUCUCGUCGGUUUUCCACCAUUUCAAAGUUCGGAUGGAAGUGAACAGGAUUUGUUUUCGGCGAUUCAAAGUGGCGAAUUCACAUUCCCAUCGCCACAUUGGGAUGAUAUUUCAUAUUCUGUUCGACAUCUUAUUAUGUGCUUGAUUACAUUGGAUCCAUUUCAUAGAUAUGAAGCCACGGAAUUAUUGCAGGAUGAAUGGGUUGCGGUAAGUCGGACUGGGAAGGGAAAUGGGACCUUCAAAUCAAGAUUCUAUGAGAAAAAUGAUUUUCUUUUGAGAAAGUUCAUGAAUCUAUUGAUUUUCAUCUUUUUUUUGAAGGAAUUCUGAAUUUCAAAAAAUGUAAUGUUAUCGAUUUUUUAACUGAUAAAUUCACUAUGUGGACUUCAUCUUUGCCAAAAAAAUGCAUGAAAAACCUCAUUUUUGUACUAAAAUUCAUCACAUUUGCCACGUGGAUUUUCAGAGAUGAAAUAUAAAAGUGUUCCAAACCAUCUAAAAAAAUAAUAUGAUUUUCAAAUCCCAGUUCAAAUCCCAGUUUUUUUGAAAUCUUGAUAAAGCAGUUUUUUCAACAAAAAAAACCUCAAAAUUUUUUUGCAGAACCUCGGUGACGUUGAUCCGGAAUACGAAGAAUGGGCGACACUUUUUGUGAAUUCAAAAAUGCGUGCAAAUGAAGAAGAGGAAGAAACACCCUAUGAAUAUUAUACAUCAAGACGAGCAUCGAUGGAUGAAUUAAGUGAAACUGCUGGAAGAGAAUUCUCAUUCAGUCAGGAUAUCAAAUAAUUCCAUACAAUUUAAGGUAAGUAUGGGAUUUUGAAGGGUUAGAUUUCUAGAAAAAAAUAGACCACCGGGUCUGGUCAGAUUUAUCAAGUUCCGCUUCACAAUCUCCCCACUCAUUUUCCAAUGUUUUGCUUUAUUUUUUGUUUUGAUAAAAAUAGACAUAGUAAACAAACAUAAGUGCAUUUUCUCUCUUCAUAUUCACCUUUUUUUUCAUUUCAGCAGUCAUCAUUCUUCAUUCUCACUCACUCUUCAAAUUUUUUGCGGGUCACUUUUUUUUGCGUUGUUUUCUGUGAAAACUUUCAGUAUUCUUGAAUAG